AUGCAAUUAAAAUCAAUGAAAAGUGAUUAAUAAGCAAAUAAAACUACUGGUUUGGGUUCUAGUAGAAUAGAUUAUAAAAGACUUAACACAGCCAAAUUGAAAUCAUUAGAAUCAAUUAUAUCCGAUUAAAACAAUAAAUAAGUUUUGUAACCUUUAGGAAGAAAAGAUGUAUUUAUAAUUGAUACAUAUAGCAUAGUAAAUAAAAAUGUUAUAAGACUUUUUAUAAGAAAAGAUAAAUGAAUAUUCUUAGGUAGAAAAAAAAAUCGAACUUUAUAAAAAGGAAGGAGAUUAAAUGAAUGAUUAUGUUGAAGAUCUAAUUAAAGAAUAUUGUCUUUAAUUAGUGCGUCAAGGUGAAAAAGAGCAUCUAAGUUAGGAUUAAAUAAAAUUGUUACAAGAAAAGAAAUAGUAAUUGAAAUAGGAAACAAUACAGUAACAUAAUUUAAAUAAAGUGUAAUAUUUUGAAUUGGAAGUUUAAUAAGGAUUAAGUUUGAAAUUGAAUGCUUAAAAAUAAUAAUUGAGGAGAAAAAUAUAACUUUUUGAUGAAUAUUAUAAAAAGACUGAAUAAAAAAUAAGAUAAAAAUAACCAAAUCUUGAUUUUAAUGAAAUGCCUAAAGCUUAAAGAAAUAAACAAAAACCUAAUGCUGUGGCAAUUAUAUAAAAGACACCAGAUGAAAUUUUAUAAGAAAAAACUUUAUUAAUUGAUGAAUAUACAAAAAAAAUAGAAUAAUUGACAUUUUAGAUAUAAGAGAUAACUAGAACUUGUAUUUUAGAGAAGUAAGAAUUGAUAAAAAAGAUUUAAGAUACAAAAGAAGAAUAAUUAAAAUUAAGUGAUAAAAUUUUAAACUUAAGAUUGAGAUUAAACAAAUUUGAUAAAUUAGAAUAAUCAUUAUCUAGUGAUAAAUGCAUAUCAGAUAUAAAAUCUAAUGAUACUGAACAUUCUUAAUAACAAUAAUAAGAAUUGAUCAUAUGA